ACAAUUGCUCACACAGGCAGAUCAUUGGCUGCUGGCCUGCUGUCACUGGGAUUGAAAAGAGGGGACCGUGUGGGAAUCUGGGGUCCCAACAGUCGAGAAUGGGUAGUCACGCAGUAUGCUGCAGCUCGAGCUGGGUUUAUUUUGGUGAAUCUCAACCCCACAUAUCUGAAGAAUGAACUUGAAUAUUCAUUGAAAAAGGUGGGAUGCAAGGCUUUAAUUUCUGCCACUGGACACAAAGGUCUAGACUACUAUGAGACUUUGUAUAAUCUCAUCCCAGAACUGGCCGCUAGCCACACUGGUAACAUCAAAAGUCACUUACUCCCAGAUCUGAAAAUUCUUAUCAUGAUGGGAACGGAGAAGUACAGAGGCACCUUUAACUUUGACAACAUUCUUGAAGCUGCCAGCAGUGCAGAGGUCAAGGCCAUCUAUGAUAUCCAGGAUAUGAUACAGUUUGAUGAGCCUGUCAACAUUCAGUUCACAUCUGGGACAACAGGAUUUCCAAAAGGUGCAACACUUACUCAUCACAACAUGAUUAAUAAUGCAUUUAAUGUAGGACUACGUCUGGAUUAUCACAAUAGGAUAUCACGAAUCUGCUGCCCUGUGCCACUGUACCAUUGCAUUGGCAUGGUACUAGCCUGUUUGCAGAUUCCUUGUCAUGGUUCCACUGUUGUCUUCCCUUCUAAAGUCUAUGAUGCCGGCAUUACUCUGAAAGCUAUGCAGGAUGAGAGGUGCACAUCUGUGUAUGGAGUUCCCACCAUGUUUAUUGACAUGCUGAACCAUAAGGAUCUGAAGAAGCUCGACUUAACUUCAUUGUACACAGGGAUUAUGGCUGGGUCACCUUGUCCCAUUGAAAUCAUGCAAAGGACUAUUGAUGAAAUGAACAUGAGUGAGGUUACAGUGUGCUAUGGAUCUACAGAGACCAGUCCGGUUACAUUCCAAAGUUUACGGAGUAGCAGUGUUGAAAAACGUGUGUCUACUGUUGGAUGUGUAUCAGAUCAUGUGGAGGCAAAAGUAGUUGACGAGAAUGGUGCUAUAGUGCCCGCAGGUGUAACUGGAGAGCUGUGUACCCGAGGUUACACAACUAUGCUGGGAUACUGGAAGGAUGAGGGAAAAACAGCAGAGGUCAUCAAACCAGAUAGGUGGUUCUAUACAGGAGAUUUGGCAGUCAUGGAUGAAGAAGGCUUUUGUAGUAUUGUGGGCCGUUUGAAAGAUAUGGUGAUUAGAGGUGGAGAGAACAUUUAUCCCACAGAAAUUGAACAACUGCUCUACCACCAUCCCAAGGUCAAAGAUGUCCAGGUGAUAGGCGUUCCAGAUGAACGAUUAGGGGAAGAGUUGUGUGCCUGGAUUCAACUGAAGGCUGGUGAAACCUUGACAGAAACUGAGCUCAGGGACUUUUGUAAACAACGUCUUGCCCGAUUCAAGGUUCCUAGAUACUUUCUAUUUGUAGAUGAAUUCCCAAUGACUGUGUCCGGAAAAAUCCAGAAAUUCAAAAUGAGAGAGAAGAGCAUGAAGCUUCUUAAACUUGAUCACUUACAUCCUCACUGAACAGAGAAACCUUGCACCCUGUCAGCUUUUAUUGUCAUCCGCUUUGAUGCAAAGUAUACGGUGUAUGCGCUGAUUUUGUUCUGAAGCAUCUUACAUUUUAUAUUUUAUCAUAUACUCAGACUGCAGUUUUAUGGUUCAGUCAGAUUUUCAAAAACUGUCGUCACACGUAUACAUUUUUGAAAGCUUCUGACAUGGAGAGGAGUAUCUGGGGACCCCUACUUCUCAAAAAAAAAAAAAAAAAAAGUUUAAUUUUUAUAGGAAAGUCCCAGGAAGACAACAAUGUAGUGCAUGAAAAGGUGGUAAAUUACAUAAUAUCCUGUAUUUCAGAUCAUGAGGCAUUUCUCUUUUAUUUAGCCUUAUGCAGGCAAGUUACAGUAUUAUGGACCUUUUGUGUAAGAUGUCUACAAUUUGCCUGUUUUGUAUUUGCUUUAUGGACUACACAUAUUUGUAUAAAACAGAUUGUGGAUUAAAAUUUUCUUCACAACAA